AAUUUGUAGCGCAGAGAGCAUUUUCCGACUGACAGUUCCCCCCAAAAUUAAGUUUGUGUUGCGUUUCAAAAUUGUUGGUAAAUACACCGACACCGACACCGAUCCCUCUCCCGCUCCCGCCCCCAUCCGGUUCCUGCGCUCCGCUACCAUUGCCAUACGAAGCGGUUAGGGAGAUGUUGCGUUCCCGCCGUGCAUUGGGCAACCCGGAUAAUGGGAAUGAUGAGCAAAUAUGCUGGAUAUGCUUGAAUACGGAUGAGGAGACAUUGCGCAGUGAUUGGUUGCAACCCUGCCGCUGCCGUGGCACCAACAAGUGGGUGCACGAGGCAUGCCUCAGUCGCUGGAUCGAUGAGAAGCAAAUGAUCAAUCCGGAUGUGCCGGUCAGCUGUCCACAGUGCCACACCGAGUAUAUCAUUGUGAUGCCGCAUGUCUGUCGCUUUGAUGCAUUCCUCGAGCGUGUGGAGAAAAUCUAUGGGAUGCUCUGUCCCAGCAUAUUGAUGGGCAUGCUGGCCACGGUUGUCUACAUUGCCACAUUGUCGUACGGUGCACUCACAAUGCAUCAAAUCGCUGGCUAUGAGCGCAGCCUGCAACUGAUGAAGGAUGAUCCAACGCUUCUGAUGAUUGUGCUGCCAUCGGUGCCGGCGGCGUUGCUGCUGUUGCGUCGCCUCGAUUGGGAUAACUGGUUGGUGCGCUGGCUGCGUCGCCGUCAACGGCAACCCGUGCCCGCCGAGCAUUUGGAUGAGUACGGCGAGCCCCUGCCCGGUGCCCCACUCACCGAUGAUUAUUUCGACAGACUCGAGCCGAUUGAUGGCGACGAUAUGUUGCAGGGUGGCGCACUGAAUGCCGAGAAUAUUGAACGUGCCACAUGCCGCUUCUGCACCGCCCUCAGCCUGCCCACAUUUGCCGUGCUCAUUGGACAAACGCUCUACGGCAAUCUGAGCAGCAAAGUCCUGAGCAUUGUGAUGGGCGCCGUCACCUUUGAGGCGAUCAAGGGCCUCAUUUGGGUUUAUCUCCGACAAUGCCAAUAUUACCGACGGCGUUAUCGCAGCGUUUUGGAUUAUUCACCCGAAAAUGUCCCACGCAGCGGCAGAUCCAUUUAGUAGAUCCAUAUCCAACAUAUUUCUAACUCACAUUAUUCACUUCUGUCUAAAAUUAAAAUUGUAUUUCUAACGGUA